AUGUCGUCGGAUACCACCAGCGCCAUGUCUCGACUUGACCAGGCGCCCUGCGUUUGCGACUCGCCUGCGGGUGGCAACAGCCAGAAGCGCCGUUGCUCCCAAUGCAACGGAAUGCAUGAGGCCCGUGCCGCCAUAGACCAUAGUCACCCAGGUGAACCGACGGUCCCGGUCGGCGCGCCCAGGGACAACGACGCCAGCGACUGCGAUGGCGAUGCCCCUACCGCCUCGAACGUUUUCUCCAGCCCAACCCUCUACCAGGGUGCUUCCGAGACCAACGACAACCGGCCUCGCCUCGGGCUUAGCUUCGAGCAUGGCCUCGAACUUGGCUACCGACCUGGCUUCGAAUCUGGCUUCGAAUCUGGCUUCGAAUCUGGCUUCGAAUCUGGCUUCGAAUCCGGCUUUGAAUCCGGCUUUGAAUCCGGCUUAACACUUGGCUCAACACUUGGCGACAGGCCUGAUGACGGGCCUGAUGACAGCCUGGCCGUCGCCGAACGCGGCGAGUCGUCCGUGUCCACUGAAACCACGGAAGGUCCUCGGCCGGCUGGUAGCAUCGUCGAUGGCGGGGCCCUGACUGAGCCCAAUCUUGUCUUCCAUGAAUUGGUGAGCAGAAACGUCCUCGACCGCAACGACGCUUUCUUCCAUCCCUUGGGUAUCAUCGUCACGACUACCGGCGGCGGGUCUCCCAACCACACGGAGCCCUCGUCUGAGGUCACCCCCAGCAGUCCGAUCACCCCCAGCAGUCUGGUCACCCCCAACAGUCCGGUCACCCCCGCCGGCUCAAGCCGCGGGUCAACGACCAGCGCAGCCAGCGAGCUCGUCCCGGAAGGGAUCGCAUUCGGUGAACCGUUGGCGCUGGCCGGAGUUGGCCUUUGGGUGGACAUGACAGUGGAGCGCCGCCCAAUUCAAGACUUCUUCCGUGACCUCGACGAUACCCUCGAUGAGUAA